AUGGUUUGGUGGACUUUUCUUUUCUGCAAUCCUAAAUCAUAUGAAGAUGUAAUGAAAUUUGCAAAGCACAAAAGUGGUGCAGUAAAAGAAGUGUGGAGUCUGGCUGCUUCAAUAACUAUGAUGGAAAUUUUGUUUCUAAGGAACAAAAUAUGUUUUGAGGAUGAAAAGGGGAACUUGGUCAGUAUAAAGAUGAGAAUAAAACAAUAUGUCAAAUAUUGUUCCUUGAGAAUAAGGAAUCACAUGUGGGAUUAUAGUUAUGAAUACAUAUUCAAAUAUUUUGAGAUCAAGAAACAACCAAUAAAACUCCAGAGGAUUGUUGAACUGAGAUUCUGUCUACCUGAAGUACAUCAGAUACUCAUUUGUUGUGAUGGUGCUUCUAGAGGUAAUCCAGGUGCAGCAGGUAUGGGAUUUGUUUGCAGAGGACAGAAUGGAGAGUUUAUAUAUGCAGAAUCAAGAGGAUUGGGUACAGCAACUAACUUCAUAGCUGAAAUAAUGGCAAUCAUUGGAGCAGCUGAAUGGGCAGUGGAAAAUAACAGUUUUGAUAUAUGUACUCAAUCUGAUUCAAAUGCAGCAAUAACAACUUACACAUUUGGGAAGAUUCCUUGGAUAGUUCAAGCAAGAUGGCAGAGCAUAAAGAUGUUAUUCAGGAGGAUUCAAUUUUUUCAUAGUAUGAGGGAAAUAAAUUCUUCUGCAGAUGUUAUGGCCAAGAAGAGUGCAGGCCUGAGUAGGGGUGUCUGUCAGAAGUAUUCAACAAAACAAGGUUUUAUUACUUCUCUGGAAAUGCCUGACAAAAUCUAUUACAGAUUCUGUUAA